AUGCCACCUCAGCUUAAGCAGACAGAGCAGGUUUAUUAUUCAAUAUCUCAAGAUUGUGUGAAGGGCUACUACAAGAGAGCCAAGGCCCACGCCGCCGUGUGGAAUGAGAAGGAAGCCCGGAGAGACUUCAACAUGGUGUCCCACCUGGACACCACUCUGAUCUCUCUAAUCCACCGAGAGCUGAAGAACCUGUCAGAGAGCAUGAAGGAGAAGUACUGGGAGGAAAGGGAGCAAUACUGGAACAUGCUGGAGACAAAGGAAGACACAAAUGAAGAGGUAGAGGAAGAGGAGGAGGAGGAGGAGGCGGAAGGAAAAGGAAAGCAAGAGGACACUAAAGAUGAAGUUGGGAAAGAAAAAGGUAAAAAGCUAUCUCCAUCUAUCCACUGUGUUGAAGCCGAUGCAGAAGCGCUCGGGGGAAAUGAGGUUACACCAGCAGAGGGAAUGGUUAAUGAAGAGGAGACCAGCUCUUCUGAAAUCAAUCCAAACGAUGCCAAUAACAAAGAGGGGAAGGACUGGCAGCAGAUGUUACGGCUGAUCAUGAUGCUGCAGAAAGAAGGGAACUUCCUCAUGAAAGAAAACCAGUUAAAAGAAGCUUCUCUAAAGUUCAAGGAGGCCAUCGAAUAUGUGGACAUCCUCCAGAACACGCAGGUGGUGGAUCAACAGGGCGAGGACUGGGAGUCGCUGGAAAAAGUGUGUCUUCCGCUGAGUCUUAACCUCAGCCAGUGCCUGCUGGAGCUAAAAGAAAACCAGCAAGUGGUGGAGCUCAACAACAAGCUGCUGAAGAAGCACAGAGGUAACUUUAAGGCUGUUUAUCAGCGGGCGAGAGCACAUUGCGCUUUGUGCAACGACGUGAAGGCUCGGAGGGACUUGGAUAUGGUGGAGAAAUUGGACCCAUCGUUCAAACCCUACGUCCGCAAAGAACUGCAGAAGCUGGGUGAGAGUGUACGCCUAAUGCAGUGCCGCCAGAAUAAGACUUACUGGGAUACAACCCAGGAGAAAUGGGGGCCCGAUGGGAGCAAGACAAAGAGUGCAGCAAGAAAGAAGAAUGUCAGAUUUGCACAGAAAACUACUGAUGAAAAAACCAAAGUAGAGAAGAAGACAGAAGUCAGUAAGAUAGAAGACGAGGAAAGCUCAGAGAAGCCCGCCCCUGCUGAGACAGAGGGAGUGGAUGACACAGGAACAGGGAAAGAUCCAGAUGUGAAAGCAGAGCUGAGCAAUAAAGGGCGAGAGAGUGGGAGAGCAAGUGAAGAUAAUGAAAAUACUGAGAGUGUCGCAGUUCCUGGGGAGGGCCAGGGUGCGCCAGAUAAUCGAGCGACAGAUAAAGAUAGCGAUCCCGAGCCCACCGGCACAGGAAAAGAUAAUGUAGUGAGCAACAGAUCAGUGCAGGAUAAGGUUACAGAGAAGGUCAAAUGUCCAUCAAGUGGUGAACUGGGCCAAAGAGAAGCAGCCCAAGGGAACAAAGACCCCUGUGAUAAGACAGGAAAUGAUGUCACUCAAUCAGAAUAG